CCUAUUUUUUCUUUUUGCCUUCUUCUUUUCUUUUUUUUUUUCUUUUUUUUUUUUUUUCUGUUUUCUCUCCGAUUCAUUUCAUUUUCUUGAAUUAUAACAAAAAGUAAAUAAAGUAAAAUAAAAUAUAGAAGAUGGGCACGGCAGAACCCAACUUGGAACAACUUUUUGAAGAGAAGAAGCGGGUCAGGAACCCUCUGGUACCCGUUGGUGCACUUAUGACAGCAGGAGUACUGACUGCCGGUUUAAUCAGUUUCAGGCGAGGCAAUUCUCACUUGGGUCAGAUUUUAAUGAGAGCUAGGGUGGUCGUCCAAGGUGCUACCGUGGCGCUUAUGGUUGGCACUGCAUACUACUAUGGGGACACCCCUUGGACAAAGUCAAGUUAAGAGUUUAUAAAACGGAUCUUAAUACUUUUGACUCGAUAUAGUUCUCCACGAAUGCUUUCUAGUGGUAAAAGGCCAUCUUCAUUGGCAACAAAAUCUAUUGUUUAGCUAAGUUGCAACUGCUAUUCAUAUUCACUUGUAUGUUGAUUUUAUCUUAUUCAGAAUAAAAUAACAGUUUAUGUGCUGCUGCA